UUUUUUUGUGCAUUCAUUUGUUUGUCAUAGUCAUUUUUGUUGUUGUGCUUGGAUAUAUCUAAUAUGAUUGACAUCAUUCGAUAUUAAUAAUGAUGUACACAUUUUUCAACGUUUCUGUAUUUCAAUUAUCAUCGUCAUCAACAUCAUCAUCAUCAUUUUUAUUUUUAUUAAUUCAACAAAAAUUACAUCAAAACAGAAUCAAUUUACAGGCCGAUUGGAUCUGGAUGAGUAACUGUUGUUUUUUAAAGUUAUCUCAUCAUCAUAUAUAAUGUAUUUUGUUACAAAAUUAUCCAUAUCAAAGACCAGAAAGUGGAAUAUAAUCAUAACGAAAAACAAUCCCAUCGGUCAGGCCACAUUGGCCUAUUUUAUUUUUAUUGUUUUCUUUUUAUUUCUCUCCAAUCGACCAUCAAAUGCCAUCCAAUCGCCGUCAAAUUCGGUGGCAGAAGCUCUAUUUCGAACAAAACCUGGCCAUUAUGACAAAAUGUUCGGAACAUUCACCGAAAAUGAACGUAUUGAAAUGUUGAAAUUGGCAAAGGAAACUUUUAUAUUUGCCUAUGAUAAUUACAUGAAACAUGCUUUUCCUGCUGAUGAACUGAAUCCAGUUUAUUGUCGUGGCCGUGGACCCGAUUUUGAUGAUCCAUCAAACAUUAAUAUAAACGAUGUUCUCGGGAAUUAUUCACUGACAUUGAUUGACACGUUGGACACAUUGGUCGUCAUGAGAAAUUAUAGUGAAUUUCAUAGAGCUGUCAAACUUGUGAUCGAUACGGUCAAUUUCGAUAACGAUGCUAUUGUUCAAGUUUUCGAAGCGACCAUACGCGUACUUGGUGGCCUUUUAUCUGCCCAUUUAUUAAUCACCGAUAAUAGACUAUUGUUUGGGCCUGAUAUUCGACCUCCAUGGUACAAUAAUGAGCUUGUUUCAUUGGCCAAAGAUCUGGCUGAACGUUUAUUACCUGCCUUGGAAACAUCAUCUACCGGUCUUCCAUAUCCACGAGUUCAUUUACGAGAAGGUGUACCAAAUUCAACAUUAUGUCAUUGGUGUAAAUCGGAAACUUGUCCUGCUGGUGCUGGAUCAUUAUUACUUGAAUUUGGUAUUUUAAGCAGAUUGACUGGUGAUUUCCGAUUCGAAAUAGCUGCCAAACGUGCAAUUAAUACACUUUGGGGACUUCGUGCAAAAACGGGUUUAUUGGGCAAUUCUAUUGAUGUUGAAUCAGCCGAAUGGCUAGGUGAAAUUUCUGGAAUCGGUGCUGGUAUUGAUUCAUUCUAUGAAUAUCUUUUAAAAUCUUGGAUUUAUUUUGGUGAACAAACGUAUUGGGAAAUGUUCAAAGAAAGCUAUGAUAAAAUUAAAAUUUAUAAUAGACGUGGUAGGCAAUAUUGUAAUUCGGGUAUUGGACAACAUCCUAUGUAUGUCAAUGUAAAUAUGCAUAAUGGUCGUACGAUGACCACUUGGAUCGAUGCAUUAGCUGCAGCAUGGCCAGCCGUUCAAUUAUUGGCCGGUGAUGUUGAAGAAUCAAUCUGUACACAUAUGGUAUUUUUCAAUAUAUGGCGUAAAUUUGGUUUAUUACCUGAACGUUAUAAUUGGCAUCAAUCUGAACCGGAAUUAUCAUUCUAUCCAUUACGACCAGAAUUAGCCGAAUCAACAUAUCAGCUAUAUCAGGCUACGAAAAAUCCAUUUUAUCUUCAUGUAGGCAGAACAAUACUUGAAUCGAUCAAUAAAUAUACUCGAUCAAAUUGUGGCUAUGCUACCGUACAUGAUGUACAGGAAAAAAGCUUAGAAGAUCGAAUGGAAAGUUUUUUUCUGAGUGAAACUUGCAAAUAUCUCUAUUUGUUAUUCGACAAAGAGAAUCCAUUGAAUAAACAUUCGAAUGAAUAUUAUUUGUUCAGCACCGAAGGCCAUAUAUUUCCAUUGAAUAAUGAGCUUCGAAAUGUUUUUGGAAGUUUCUCAUCAUCAUCGUCGAUAGAUUUGUUCAUAAACAACAAUUCAACCAAUACUAUUCAUCAUUCGAAUCCUAACUGUGAUCCAAUUGAACCUGAACGAAAAUUAUUAUUGCCUUUAAAAAAUGAUUAUUUUGCUCAACUAAGUCAUGUGAUCGGUGUGGAAUAAUAAUCAUCAUUGUUGAUUUAUUAUCA